CCCCCCACUCUCCCCUUCCUCCUCCUGCUCCUCCUCCCCUGUUCUUCUGUUCCUGCUCCUCCUUUUCGUUCCCUUUUCCCCAUUGCCCCUCUCACUCCUCCUGUUCCCCUGUCCUCCCUCCCUCCCCCUCUCCUUCUUCCGCCUGUGGCGGAGGCGAGAAAGGCGAGGUGGGAGGAGGAUCCUUCUCCUCCUCCGCCGCCUCCUCCGCUCUCUCUCCCGCGAAGCCCCCCGAGUGCCCCCCCCGGGCACUCGCGGGGCCCUGCCGCGCCACUCCCGUCCUCCGUGGUCGCCAGCCGCAUGCUUCUGCAGGGCGGGGCCAGGCCGGUCAGCCAUGUUUGUUUGUGUCUUGUUGUUAUGUCUUUAUCUUCUUCUUCAGCUUAUGAUUUUCUCUCUUUCUCUUUCUCUUUCUCCUUCUGUGUAGAUGUAUGUAGUCGACAUGUACACAGAUCUUCGACCUCCAUAGCGAUUGGCACCUCUGAGCGACUUGAUGUGCUCGGUGACCACUGCUCUGGUAAACAAGGCCCUGUCACCACUGUGGCCUCUGGUGCUCCUGCCUUUGUUUAUGCUGCUGCCACCGAUUCCAACCCGAAGCGACGGCUGCGACUGCUAUUGCUACUCAUGCUUCGGUUAUUGGGUAACUAGCAGUGCCACGGCAAUUCCCGCCACCACCACUACGUCCUACUUCUCUUGCACAUCGCCGUCGUUGUCGACGUCUUGGCCCUUCACAGCGUCCUCGUCGUCCUCGUUCUCGUCAUUGUCAACCUUUUCGUCCUUUUCGUCGUCGUCCUCGCUGUCGCCGUCGCUUCUUCGAGAGGCAUCUUCGCCAUGCGGAAGGACUGGUUCUUGCACCUGGACUUGUUUGAUGAGGCUCUUUGGCCGGCGCGGCCGGAUGUUGCGGAGUGCCCUCGCUGGGGGUGGGAGUGGGAGUCACACUCGGCGAGGGUGGUAGCCGGACCGCUGUCGCGUGGGAGCUCAACGCAAAGUUGCGUGCAGGCGGUGGGGGUGCCCAAUGGUGGCGAUAUCAGGCACCCGACUUGUUCAACGUCGUCAUACUCGGAGACGUCGAUUCAGAGAGCAUUGGCGGUAGUGUACGAGUGUGCGCUUGCCAGCGUGCCUUGGGCCCUUCGGCUUGUGGCUUCUGUCGUUCUGUCGGGUGCCCAGCGCGCUGAAGUUGCCAGUGGUGCGUGCUGCGCCGUCUGUGGUGAGGGGUCGGAGGCGUCGGUGGCAUUCUAUGCACGCCGAUCCAUCUGCGGUGUGCGUCGCACGGUGUGCCAUGGAGCAAGCCCACGUGUGGGCCUGGCCCGAGGCCAGAGUCCCCUGUGGUGCACGCCUUGGUGUCAGGGACCGCCCAAGCGUUGCUGCUGGUCCGCUGGUGCCGCGCUGCCUGCUGGGUGUCUGCUCGUGGCGCACGCAGCCCGUGGCCCUGGCUCAGGCCGCCUGGCUCCAGAGAGGCUGGGCCCGCUGCCUGCACCCUCCUUUGUGCUGUCGACCGGGACCCGGCGCGCCCCUCGGAGCGGCCAUGUCCCCCCCGUGUCUGAAGUGCGACCCGAAGCUCUUCGAGAAGGACCUUACGGGGCAGGUGAGCGACACAGGAGAACGGGUUCGACUGUACCGCCAUCCGCGCGUGAGCUCCCCGCGGGAAGUCGCGCGCAAAGCGCCCUCUUCUUCACGUGGUGUGCCACGCUGGCGGCCCGCGUAAGCGGCGGCGUGAGGUCGCUAUGCCACCUCGCGUUGGACCCGUUUCUUUUCGUCGCUCAGGUGGUGAUCGUCACGGGGGGGAACCAGGGUAUCGGUUACGUGACGGCACGGCAGCUGGCCAGCCAGGGCGCCAAGGUGGUCCUCGCGUGCCGCAGCAAGGAGAGGGGCGAGAGGGCGGCGGGCGAGGUCAAAGCAGCCUUCAUGCCCCUCGAGCUCAGCAGCCAGGCCUCGGUCCGGAGCUUCGCCUCCGCGUUCCUGGAGAAGUACGGCCGCCUCGACAUCUUGGUCAACAACGCGGGUGUGAUGGCCUGCCCGCUCGAGCGCACGGAGGAGGGCUACGAGAUGCAGCUGGCCACCAACCACCUCGGCCACUUCCUGCUCACUGUGCUGCUCAAGAGUGUGCUGGAGCAGUGCAAGGGGCGCGUCGUCGCCCUGUCCUCGGCCGCCGCGUCGCAGAUGUCAAUGGGGACGAUGCCCUUCGGGCACGCGGACAUCCACUGGGAUGACAUACAUGCAGUUCGCCAAGACCAAGUACAUCCCAUUUCAGGCGUACGCCCAGUCGAAGCUCUGCAACGUCCUCAUGUGCCAGGAGAUCCCGAAGCGCUUCUCUGGAGUGCUGGCGGUAAGUGUUCACCCUGGCUGGACGGACACCGAGCUCAUGAAGCACACCGGGAACUCAUGCCUGCGGUGCCUGCUCCGCUGCUUCUUGAAGAAGAAGGACGGCGCUGGAGACUUGCUCGAUCUGGAGGCGGGCGCCCAGACGACACUGCACUGCGCCCUGUCGUCCCCAGAGGACCUCGAGAACGGGGCGUUCUACUCGCAAAAGGGCAUCUACACGGACAAGGCGGCGCAGGCAGGUGGGUGGCCAAUGCCGCUGCCCAACCCGAACGUCACGGCGCAGUAUCCCGCCAAGCUGUGGGACGAGAGCCUGCGAUUGUGCGGGCUAGGUCCCUGGAUCUGGAACUCUUAGAGCGCGCGGCCGCUCUCGAGAGGGCCUUGCCCAGGACGCCUCUCCCGCCUUUUCGGCUUCAGACUCGGGUUCAAUGCCCCCAAAGAGUCUGCACAAUUCUGCGAAUUCUCUCCUCGCUUCUCGCGGCAUUGCGCCUCCGCUGCCUUCUCAUCAUCGCCAUUUGCUGUAAUGAGUUGGUGCGUAAUUAGCUUUGCUGCACUGGCUGUGAGGGCAGAGCGGCAUGCACCCGCAAAUAGCAGGGGACACCAAUCCCGCCCGCUGCGUCUCCAUGCUGCGAGGCGCGUAGCUUUGCAGAAAUGCGAGUGACAGUGGGAUAAACCCGCAAAUAAUACGCGGUGCUUUUCGCACUGCAGACGUUGGUUGCUGCAUGGUGCUCCAACUCAAAAAAAUGGCCGGCG